GCAUUAUUCGCCAAUGGCCAUUGGUCGUCGUCAUACAAUUGGCAUGUGUCCCCACCAUACUACAUCUCUUCCGGAGCAAUCACGUUGGCUCUUUUCUUCUUUUUUCAAUACAUAAAUUCAUUUUGUUGUCUGUCUAUUUCUAUUACCUCCCCUCUUAACAUACUCUUGUGUGUAUACCUUUCAGUAUAUUGUUAGUAGUAUAGUGUAGUAUUUGUAGAAUUUUUUUUUUUCUUUUUUCAGUAGAAUUACCAGUUGCAUUGGUUUGAUAUGCUUCGUACUGAAUGCAACUUGUGACUGAUCGUGACGCUAUAACGCUUUUUUUUUUUAUAAAACCUGACUCAACCUAGUUGAUUGCUUGUUUUCACCAACAUCAUCAUCAUUUUAACCACCGGGCGCGGUCUAGCACGUUGUUUUAAAAUUUAUUUUAACAAAUAAUUUAUUUACAAUUAUCAAGUGUAUACACAUAAACGUGAGUGCCUUAAUAAUAAUAAAUAAAAAAAAAACCACACACACAAUUUUGUUCAAUGAGUGAUCAGUUAUGUGAGCCAUUGAUUAAAAAAAAAAAUUAAUAAAAUCAUUGAAAAUUGGAGCUAAUCAUCCAUUCAUUGUGAAAAUAAUUUUUUUUUUUUUUUUUGGAGUAAACCAAGUUGGCAAAUAAAAUAAAAAAUAAUUCUGUUAAAUUUGUCAUUGUGUGUGUGUUAUUAUUGUGUAUGUGUUUGUGAAUAAAGUGGUCAGUGUAGUGGCUAGUUGUGGAAUACCAGGCUGAAACUGGUAUGUUACGAGUUACGACUUUUUUCAUAUUGCAACAGCUGCACACGUAAUGCUCAUCAAGAUCAACAAAAAUCAUCUUAAUUAUAACCAUUUUGUUGUCAUAAAAUUAAUCGAGGCCAUUCAACCAAAUUCAAUAACAAUAACUUAUUAAGUUGACUCAUUCACCCACGUUGUCGAUGCAACAGUUUUUUGAUAUUUCAUCAAGGACACACAUUUAACAUCUAGAAUGAUGAGAUGAUUACUCAGUUUGCGAUGAUGGGGGGUGAAAGCGGAAGUGGUGGUAAUACUGGUGGUAGUCGUGUAAGUCGUGCGGGCGGUCUUACUCUUCACAGAUCAAAUUCCAGCCUUGAAUUGCCACACAGUCCUGAACGUACUGGAAGCACCAUUGAUGCUCAGCCACUAAGACGAGAAUAUGGUUCUCACGGUAGUAUUGAUGUUGUUGCCAAUCAAUGUAGUCCAACAGGAGGUGGACCAGCUAGUGAUAAUAUAUUUGCAAUGUUACAAGACUUUCGUAAUAGUCGUGGUUCAUCUGAACGUUUUUAUUCACAUCAUCAUUAUCAGCAUCAACAUCAUUACCAUCAUAAUCAUGCUGUUGCUUCAGGUAGUACAUCAACAGAUGAAGUUUGUGGUCCAACAUCAGCAUCAAGUCCAAAAUUACGUUUAAAAUUAAAUCGUUUUUGGGGUAGUAAAGAAUCAUGUCCAUCUGGUGCUGUUACUGUUGGUAAUGUUGUAUCAAGUGAUUUAGAAGAACGUAAUAGAAGACGUGCAUUUGUACAUUAUGAUUGUCAAUCAUUAACAGCAAAUUUGGGUUAUGCUGCAAAAUUACGUGGUAUAUUACUAGCAAGAAGAAGAAAUACAGCAACUGGUGCAUCAGCAGCAAGUACAAUACGUUCACCAACACCAGAUAAUGAUGGAUCAGAAAAUAAUGAUACUGAUGAUGAUUGUGGUGAUGGUAAAAGUAAUGAUUUAAUUGAAUCAUGUCCAUUUUUUCGUAAUGAAAUUGGUGGUGAAGGUGAACGUGAUGUAUCAUUAUCAAGAUUACCAAUAACAACACCUGGUUUACAUAGACCAUCAUUAGCAUAUGGUAUAUCUGUACUUGAACCACCAAUUGGUGAAACAUUAUGGAAAAAUAGAUGUCCAUUAAGAAAACGUUUAUUACCAAUUGAAAGUAUUGAUGAAGGUGCAAGAUAUUAUAGAAAAUAUUUUUUAGGUAUUGAACAUCAAAAUUGGUUUGGUAUGGAUGAACAACUUGGUCCAGUUGCAAUAAGUAUACGUAAAGAUACAAAUCAUUAUAGAAUAAUUGUACGUACAUCUGAAUUAUUAACAUUACGUGGUGCUGUACCAGAAUAUGCACUUGGUUUACGUGUUAAUCAAAGUAGUCGUAUACCAACAAAAGAAUUACUUGAAUUAGUUGCACCAGAGGUACAAAUUAAUUGUUUAAGAUUAGGUACACAAGCUGCUGAAGAAAAUUUAGCAAAACUUGAUGAACAAGGUUUAUCAAAUUGUUAUAAAGUUGGUGUACUUUAUUGUCGUGCUGGACAAAAAACUGAAGAAGAAAUGUAUAAUAAUCAACAUGGUGGUCCAGCAUUUCUUGAAUUUUUAGAUACAAUUGGACAACGUGUUAGAUUGAAUGGUUUUGAGGGCUAUAAAGCUGGUCUUGAUACAAGAUCAGAUUCAACUGGUACACAUACUGUUGCUGCAACUUAUCGUGGUGCACAAGUUACUUUACAUGUAUCAACAAUGCUACCAUUUACACCAAAUAAUAGACAACAAUUAUUACGUAAACGUCAUAUUGGUAAUGAUAUUGUUACAAUUGUAUUUCAAGAACCAGGUGCAUUACCAUUUAGUCCACGUAAUAUUAGAUCACAAUUUCAACAUGUAUUUAUUAUUGUACGUGCUAUUAAUCCAUGUACUGAUAAUACACAAUAUAGUGUUGCUGUAUCACGUAGUAAACAAGUACCAAUAUUUGGUCCACCAAUACAAAAAGGUGCAAUAUUUAAUAAAAGUAAAGCAUUUUCUGAUUUUAUACUUGCUAAAGUUAUUAAUGCUGAAAAUGCAGCACAUAGAUCAGAAAAAUUUUCAACAAUGGCAACAAGAACAAGACAAGCAUAUUUAAAAGAUUUAACAACUGAUUAUUCAUCAACAACAAUUAUUGAUACUGGACAAAAAUUUUCAAUGUUAUCAUUUAGUAGUAAAAAAAAAACACCAGUACGUCCAAGAUUAGCAUGUGAUGCCCUACAAAGAGGUGCAAUAUGUUGGCAAGUUAUACUUGAAGAAAAUCAUCAAAAUACUGAUUGUUAUUUAGGUAUAUCAAUUGAUACUAUUGUAUUAAUUGAAGAACAUUCACGUCAAAUUGUAUAUGUAUCACCAUGUAUUAAUAUUCUUGGUUGGCAUGCACAAACAAAUAGUUUAAGAUUAUAUUAUCAUCAGGGUGAAUGUAUUAGUAUUCAUGUUAGAUCAGAUUAUUCUGAACGUGAUGAAAUAAUGGAAAUUGUUGCAAGAUUACGUGCUGUUACACAAGGUUCACCAGCAUCUGAAUUAUCAUUAAAACGUAAUUCACAUGGACAACUUGGUUUUCAUGUACAACCAGAUGGUGUUGUAACACAAGUUGAAAGUAUGGGAUUAUCAUGGCAAGCUGGACUUCGUCAGGGCUCAAGAUUAGUUGAAAUAUGUAAAGUUGCUGUAUCAACAUUAAGUCAUGAUCAAAUGGUUGAUUUAUUAAAAACAAGUGCACAAAUUACUGUUACUGUUAUACCGCCAACAAAUGAUGGACAAUCAAGACGUGGUUGUGCAUUACAAAGUUGUCAAUAUUUAUCAAGUAAUUAUGAAAGUGAUUAUGAAAAUGUUACAAAUAAUGAUUGUAUACCAAGUCAACAAAUUGCACAACAAGCACAAAAAACAUAUGAAAGAUCAACAAGUCCACCAAGAUCAAGUAAUAGUUCUGGUUAUGGUACUGGAUCAAGUUCAAGAUCAUUUAAUGAUCCAAGAUUUAUUCAUGAAAUUAAUAAUACAAAUAUAAAUAAUACAAAUAAUGCAAAUAAUAAUAAUAAUAAUAAUAAUAAUAAUAAUAAUCAUGAUGAAAGAUGGUAUGAUCAUUUAGAAAAUCAAGAAAGUGAUUCACAUCAUAAAAAUAAUAAUUUAACAUCAUCACCACCACCACCAUUACCAACUCGACAAAAAAUGAUGGAAAAAAAAAAUAAUAAUCAAAAAUUAAAUAAUGAAAGUCCACAUAAAUAUCAUAAUCAAGAUUAUAAUAAUUUAAAAGAAUCAAAUUAUUCAUCACCAAGAGCACUUAUUAAUGAUGCUAAUAAUUAUCAAAAAUUUGAUGAAACUAACAGACCUGGAAAUAAUUUAUAUGGACAUAAAAAUCAUAUUCAUCAUAAAUUAACAGUUUCAAAUUCAUUACCAUUGACUUCAAAUACUCCAUAUAAUAAUAAUAUCAAUAACAAUAACAACAACAACAAUAAUAAUAACAAUAAUAAAAAUUUAAAAACAAUAUCAAAUGGUAAUGUAAUUCGUUAUUCUGCUGAACAAUAUAAUAAUUCAAAUAGUCUUGAACGUCAAAAUAAUAAUUAUGAUAUUAAUACAGCACAAGUACGUAUGCGUAAACAAAAAUUAGAUGAAAAUUCAUCAUCGUCAUCUUCAUUAUCAUCGUCAUCAACAACAACAACAACAACUAUAACAAAUGAACAAGAAGGAAAUAAUAAACACUCAUUAGAUAAACGUGUUAGUUCAUAUGAAUUUUUUCAAGAUUGUUAUGAUAAAAUUCCAAAUGAAGUUAAUGAAAUAAAUAAUCAAGAUAAUAAUGAUUUAAAUCGUGAAACAAGUCAUGAUUUUUUAAUUGGUGAAAAAGUAACUUGUCUUAAAAAUACAAUACCUGAUCGUGCAUUAACACGUAAACUUAUGCAUUCAGAGUAUAAUAGAUCAAAAGAAUUUGUUACAUCAAGUUUACCACCAGAAGUUAGAAUAUUUAGUGGUAAUAAUCAACAACCAAAUGAUAAUCAACAACAACAACAACACCACCAACAACAACAACAACAAAAUUUAAUACGUGAUGAUGAACAAUUAAAUGCAAAUGAUAAUCGUUCACCAGGUUUACGUAGAUCAAGUAAACGUGGAUGUACAACAUCAAAUUCAAGUCCAAGAAAUCAAAGUCCAAGACCAAAAUCAAUUGUUAGAAAUUCACAUAGAAAUUCAGCAAAUUUAAAUUCAAGUACACUUCAAGAAGAUUUAAUGAAAUUAAUUAAUCCAGAUUAUAUUGCUGAUGAUAAUUCAAUAUUAAAUAAUAAUAAUAUUAAUAUUAUUAGUAACAUAAAUAAUAAUGUUAUUGAUAAUAAUGAAAAUGUCAAUGAAACAACACUAAUGACAAAUAUUGAUAAAUUAAAUAAUGAAAUUUUAAAUAGACAAAUAAAUAAUAAUAAUACUAAUAAUAAUAAAAUUGAAAUACAAAAUAGAUGUAGAUCACGUGAAAAUUUAUGUGGUACAAGUUCAUCAACACUUAGUAUAUUAUCACCAAAUCGACAAGAUAAUACAAAUGUUGAAUCAGAAGUUAUAUUAACAAUGGCACGUCCAGCAACAGUUAUAUCAAAUACAAGUACAAAUACAAUUCGUUUACCAAAUGAAUUAUUAAAAAUGUCAAAAGAAGAUAAAUUAUCACCACGUGUUACAAAAACAUCAAAUAUAACAUUAAAACCAUCUAGUGAUUUAUUAUCAUCAUCAAAAGAAUUAAAAAUAGAGAAUAAUGAGACAGAGUGCCGAACAAAUUGUCCCGACACCUUUAAAACACCAACAACACGUCAAUUAAAACAACAAGGUCAAGAUAAUGAAAUUUAUAAUAAUGAUAAUAAUGAUUCAAUGAUUGAUUUACAAUCACAAAUGUCAAAUCUUGAAUUAAGAGUUGCUCGUGAAACAAGAAGACGUGUUUCACUUGAAGAAGAAGUAAGACGUUUAAGAGAUGAAAAUCGUAGAUUACAAGAUGAAAAUCAAGUAGCUGCUCAACAAUUACGUAGAUUUACUGAAUGGUUUUUUCAAACUAUGGAUCAUCAACAAUGAUUUAUCACUCAAUUGCCUUUUUUUUCAUUUUUUACCAACUAAAUUAUUCGUUUGAAAUUAUUCGUAAAUAUUAAAUUUAAUAAAAUAUAUUUUUACAUAACACAUUGUUUAUAUAGGAUAUAUAUUUUUUGAUAAGAACCAAACGAUUAUAUUAUAAUAAUAAAUUAAUAAAUAAUUAGUUAACAGUUAUUGUGUAUUGCAGUAUUAAUUAAAAACAUUUUUUCUUUUUUUCUUUUCAUUGUUAAAAAAAAAAAUACAUUUUAAAAGUUUAAAAAGGACAAAUAAUUUUUUUUAGAUUAGUUAUAAAAUGUAAUAAUAAUUUUCAAACAGUAUCGAAUAUUAUUAAUGUAUUUACACUUGAAACCAUCAAAAUAAUAACAAAAAAAAAUAAAAAUUAAUUAACAUUUGCCGCAUAAUAACGCGACGAACCGACCAAAUAUUUUUUUGUAUAUUUAAGAAUUAUCUGUUAAAUACUUUGUUAAUAUAUCCAUCUAAUUUUUUUUUUUUCAAUAGAUAAUGCUUUUGUAUUGAACAUUAUUAAUUGACAAAUUGUUUAUUAAAUGAAGAAAAAAAAUUAACUAUUAAUUAUAUUGUGCAAAAAAAAAAUAAAAAA